CCUCUAAAGUACGAAAAGGAAAACUUGUAUCAUGAUCUUUUUUUUUGUUUUCAACAACAAAGCGUCGCUCAUUUUUUCCUAAUCUGACAUAGCUAUUUGACUAUAAAUAUUUCAGAUACUAGCAUGAAUUAUGUACGUACGUUACUACUACAAAGCUACAAAACCAAGUGAGUAACAAAAUUUCAACAACUUACCACACGAAAGUACGGUAUGAAGCGUAAAUAAAACUCACCCAAAGAACCUCUGUAUCGUUUAAAGUAUCCGCUCUGCCAGUUGCACUUCUUGAGUCUGUUUUAGUAGCAAUAAAAGGGUGAUUACCCGAACUAAAACUGUUGAAUUACAAUUGUUGAGGUUCAAGUUUCGCGCCCGUUUCACUUUCGAGUUCAGAGAGAGGCCUGGGAGAAAGUUUAGUUACAUCGUGAUCCACGCGUGGAAAAUCACUGCCGCUGGUCAACUGUAACGAAGGCUACGAUUGCACAAUACAGAAAACGCCUGGCACUUUUAGCCACUCGUCUUCGAAUUUUCACGAUUAGACUCCAAAAUGAUCAGAAACGCUUUGAUUCAAGGCGCUAGCCGCGGUAUAGGACUACAGAUGUGCCAAUAUCUGCUUGCUAAACAAACUGCAGUGAUAGCAACGUGUAGAGAUCCUGCAAGGGCUCAAGAACUGUCUCGACUCAAAGACGAACAUGGUGACCUCAUUACGAUUCAUUGUCUCGAUGUCCAAGAUGAAAAGCAAAUCGAAGACGUAGCAGCUCAUGUUGGUGAUACAAAACUCGACUUGCUGGUAAACUGCGCCGGAAUGCUUCAUCCAAGCGGCAAAGGAGAAACUAGUUUACGUGAAGUUGAUCUGGAGAGUUUAAAGUCCACGUUAGCUACGAAUGCUCUCGGACCUUUGAUGAUGGCAAAACACUUCGGCCCGAAUCUCACGAAAAGAGACAAAUCGAGCAAGAACGAAGUUGCGGGUAUUCUUGUCAACAUAUCAGCAAGAGUUGGAUCAAUCACUGACAACGCCCUCGGCGGAUGGUACAGUUAUAGAAUGUCCAAAGUCGCGCUCAAUAUGGCCACCAAAAAUCUCAGCAUCGAGCUUGGAAGAAAACGCGUGAUUUGUGUGGCCUUACAUCCGGGUACAGUUAACACUGAUCUUUCUCGGCGCUAUCACAGAAAUGUUGACCCUGCCAAAGUAUUUACUCCUGAGUAUUCAGUGGAUUGCCUAAUGAAGAUUAUCGAAGGGUUGGAAGUAAACGACAACGGGAAAUUCUUCGCGUGGGAUGGUAUCGAGAUUCCUUGGUGAAUGACUGGGAAUGCUGGGUCGGAUACAGAAUUCUAGAGAAGGGGGUUUGAGAUAAAGACCGCCCAAGGUGGUCCCACGUAGGGGAGUCCAGGAACCUCCUCCCCUAGAAAAUUUUUAGAAUUGAGGUCCUCAUAAUUGGGAUUUCCGGAAUUCUGAGGUCAAGUCAGCAUGUUAUAAUGUCUCAUUUCUUUUUCGAAUCCCCUAGAUCUGCCCCAGGAAUGGAUGUUUCUCACCCAGAUAAAAAAAAACAGCUAGAGGGAGUUAAAAUAACUAGGUUUUAAUGUGAGCGAGUGAAAAUGAUGUGUGUUGUUUCAAAGGGUUGUGUAAACUUAUGAACCUUCCUCUAUUGAUAUGUGUAAAGUUAAUGAUAGUGUGAA